GUCCGCCCAGCUCCUCGACCAGUUCAAGAUUUACCAGGCGGGAACGCCUCCAAAGCCGGGCGAGGGCAUGGACCUCCGUCAACUCCGAACAGGUCUACCUUGGUACCGGCAGAUUGUGUACGGUAUCGUGCUCUACUUGAUGGGCGAUUACUACACGUACGACUCUUACUGCAGGUGGAUCAGUUGGUUCGACAACGGGCCAGAGUAUGGCAACACAUCUCCACGAUUGGUUCCUAAAGCUGCUCAUCCCCACCGAGACCAGGCGGAGUUUCAGACCUUGCUUCGUCUUGCCAAUGAUGACAGCUCGCUUGGCACGCAAAUUGACUAUAUCAUCGUGCGAGAGAACCUCUGUGACCAGGCACGUGGGACGAUCCCAUUGCCCUCCCUGCCGAAGCCUAAGGUGCCGGGCAAAGUUCAGGCUCUACGGCACCACACCGACCUCCUCAUGCAGCACGCUCAGCUACCACUCUGCGACCUGGACUCGAUCCUCUCCCAAGGUUGGCAGCUGGCUGAGAAGGAGGGAAAGCUCACCAGACAGGCAGAGGAUGUAGUCCACCGUGAUGAGGCGGAGGUGUCCACCCUGCAGCUGGUCAGGAGAUUGUGGCUCAUCAGAGCGCAUAUUCGGGACUGCUCCAGGCAGGCUGCAUCCAGAGGUGAACCACCAGAUCUUGCGAACUUAUGGGCAGGUUGGCGACGGGUGUGUCUUCUUCAGACCACACAGCGAGAACUUCGACGGCGAGGCCGUCGUAAGAAGAUUGAUCAAGUGGCCAAAGUGGUUGCACCAGCCGCUGUGUGGAAAUUCCUGCAGGACAUGCUGACCCCUCUGGUGGUUCGACAACUGCACCUGACCUUCCAGCCUGGACCCCUUCGCCUUCCUCGCUCCUGGUGUCUGAGCGAAUUGGUUCUGAUUCCGAAACCUGGCAAGGCUCUUACCUCGGUUAGCCAGCUCAGACCGAUUUGUCUGCUCAGUCCCAUGGCUAAAAUCCUCGCCUCGAUCCUGGCUGAGAAGAUCGCUCCGUUUGUCUCCCAGUAUCUCCGGGCUAUCCCUCAGUAUGCCUAUACUCAGGGAAGAGCCCUUCCUCAGGCUCUGGAGAGAGUUUGUGGACAUCUUGCUGCCGUUCGCACCCUCCUGGCGGCACAUAGCCGUACACCAUAUGCCAGGCCUGGUGGUAGUGUUCAUAAGCAGGUGGUAGGAGGACUCAUCCUCUCGCUGGACAUAUCACACGCAUAUGAUGCCGUGGGGCGGAGUCUGCUAGAUCGUGUGCUUCAGGAUGCUGCCAUUCCAGGCCCCAUCAGAGAGGCUAUCAUUGCGGUUCACAACCAAGCUCUGAUUCACGUGGCACACAGAGAUCAGCAAGACAAUGUCCCCCUGCGUACCGGUUUGCGCCAAGGCUGCAGCUUGUCACCAGCCCUUUGGGCUCUGGUGACUGGCUGGCUUCUCAGAAACAUUCCUGGCAUCCCGACGUCAGAGAUAUCCCAAUGCAAUACCUCAUUUGCAGAUGAUCUACUGUUCCAAUGGGAGAUCGACCCCGGCCGUGCUCUUGAGAAGACCUACGAGAAAGUGAAGAACAUCUUGACAUACCUUUCCUCCCAAGGCCUGGAGGUGAGCUUCUCGAAGACGGUAAUCUUACUGGAGCUGCGUGGAGCCAAGGCGGUGAACACUCUUAAGCGCUACACUGUGCUACUCCCGGAUGGGCCCCACAUGCGCUUCAUGAUUAAUAAUCAAAGAGUUGAUGUUCGCAUUGUCACCAAGCACGUGUACCUUGGAGUGGUCAUAACUUACAGGAAGUUUGAGAUGGAUACCGUCAAACAUCGUUUGGACAUUGCCAAGGGGCAGUUCGCUCGGCUGAAACCUAUCCUGCGCUGUCAGGCCGUCCCUCUCGCACUUCGUCUUCGCCUGUGGAAGGCCUGCCUUCCAGCCAGCAUGUUGCACGGCCUGGUCGCCACUGGUUUUCCAGAGGCAGGGGCGAAGCUGAUUGUCAGCCUGAUGGUACAGCAGAUCCGGCAGAUCGCCAAGUCACACAGCAUGUGGACCCAUGAAACGAACAGAUCAAUCAUGGACCGACUAGGCAUCACUCAUCCUGCCCAACACCUGGAGCGGGCCUUACGAUGUCAGCAGAAAGCAGACUCGCAUCUUGGGGAAGCCCUGUCCCCGCCAGAGGACGAGCAACAGCUCACUCGACGUCAGGAAGUCGAGGAACAAUCCCUGCACUCCCACAUGGAGCAUGCUCGACAAGGGUCUUGGGGAAAUCCGCAAGGCGGCAAUCAGAACAGGUGGGCUCAGGAGGAGCCAUGGAACAUGGAGGCACGCCAGCACCCCAUGCAGAAGGAGCUGCAGCAGUUGAGAACAAGAGUCGAUCUGCUGACCACCCUGCUUCUUCGCCACGACAACCAGCUGGCGAUCCUUCGACUCGACACAGCCUUUAUGUUGUUCAUCAGGACGGAUGUGAAGGGCAACUUGGCGGCGAUGUUGUACCAGACGGGCCUCAAAUGGAAGCAAGCCAAGGAGCGGGAUCCAACCAAGCUCGAAUCCCCGAUGCGGGUGGUGCUGAUCCAGGCGCUUCUAACAACGGUGGCUUCGAGGUUCGAGCAGCUGAUGUCCACCUCGGAGAUCCGGGCCAAUGCGGCCCAACUGGGCUGGCUCAACGAGGAGGCCACGCUGAUUCACAGCAUGAAGUGGGACGGAGAUGCCAAGAAACACGUCGUCAACCCGAUCGGCAACUCGCUCGACCCCCAGAAGGCGCUGAGCAUGCUCGAGGAGCUGAUCGUUCUCUGCAAGGCCGACCUAGUGGUCAAUCGCUUUCAUGCCACGCGCCCCAUCACCCAGGAGAUCGAUUCGUCGUUGCUCCCGAUGAUGCUGGAUGUGGGCCUUCGGUCCCAAGAGGCGGACAAAGCACGGCUGAUACUCAAGGACCUGUGCGGGUCCGCGAUCUGGCUAGUGGCGGGUGUGAGCAUGAGACCGGAUCGGCUCCAGCGAGGACCCUUGGCCCAGAGGCUCGCCUUGUUGAUGGAGAAGUCCCGCUGA